AUGGGCAAGGUCAGGCACCGCAAGCAGACGCGCGCCGCCCGCGUCGCCGCCUCGUCCGCUCCCCUCACCGACACCUCGGACCCCACCAACAACCCGCACCCGAACCAGCACCGCGAGGGCAAGAAGGGCCAACGCCGCGACGCCGAGAUGCAGGACCUCCUCGACAAGCUCAGGGCUCCCGAGGGCCGCGACCGCGUCUUUGCUGCGUCCACCCUGUCGUCUUUGAUCCUGUCGCUCCCGCCCAUGCAACUGCGCCUCCUCCUGUCGCGCAACCUCAUCGGCCUCCUCAUCGAGCGCCUCUCGACCCUCUCGGCGCCCUCGUCCUCGUCCUCGUCGACGCCGCCGCCUUCAGACGACCUGUCGACCGCCAUCGAGUCGCUCGGCGCCCUGCGCAACCUCGCCGUCUCGUCCCCUCCCCACAUCCUCUCCGAGAUGCACAACAAGCGCCUCCUCCUCCCGCUCGCGACCGUCCACCUUCCGCUCCUCGCCCACUUCCUCCCGCACCAGCUCGCGCCGCCACCCGCACCCGUCAAGCCCGCGCUCCCGGCCACCGCCGAGCAGCGCCGCGCCGCCGACGCCGCCAACGAGGCGCACGACACGCUCCGCCGGUCCUUCUGGGACUGGACCGAGAACGUCCUCACCCUCGUGUGGUGCCUCGCCGAGAGCAACACCAAGAUCCUCGCCGGUCUCAACGCCCACGCCGAGCACAUUGUCGCCCUGUGCGUCGCCCUCCUCGACGAGGACCGCCUGGGGAUCGACAAGCUCGACGGCGACGAGCAGCGCGGCGAGGGCGCGGCGGGUCCGGGCGGCAUGGACGUCGAGGCCGGGGCAGCGGGCGGCAAGGCGCUCAAGAAGAAGGACGUCAAGCGGGAAAAGGCCAAGCGCCUGCGCGUGCCCCUCUUUGUCGCCGUCGCAGCAGCACAAACCCUGCACGCCUUCAUCUCGUCCAACCCGGCGGCACACACGCACCUCCUGUCGUCGGCCGGCUCGUUCACCUUCUCGCCCGCCCUCUCGACCCUCCUCUCGAUCCUUCUCACCCCAACGCCUCCCUCGUCCUCUUCUCGCUCUUCCACCGCAUCAACCGACGCCGCACCCGCCGGGCCCUCGAGCUCAGACGUCGACGCCUGGGCGCAGCUGCGCGUCCUCGCGUUCGGGUCCCUCCUCGAGAUCGCCAAGGGCCGCUCGAAGCGCCGCGACGUCGAGACGGUGCGCGACGCGCUCAGGAGCGACGUUGCGCAGGGUGUUCUCCUCGGGCUCGUCGGGAGCGCGCGGCUUGAGGACUCGGUCGGCGAGGCGAAGAAGGUGGCCGGCGAGAUUGACCCGACGGCGCUCCCGAAUCAGCACACGACCACGUCCGACUCGCCGGCGGGCAAGCUCGCCGCGCUCGAGCGCCAGAGCCAGACGCUCCAGCUCGCGCUCGAGGUCCUCAGCGAGUGGCUCGCGUCGGGCCUGCCCGCCGCGGGCUCGUUCGACGGCGCGCCGGGCGCCGGCGCAGAGGGCGAGGAGGAGGACGACGAGGAGCAGGAGGCGUGGGGCGGCAUCUCGAUGGAGGUCGAGGGCGGCGACGACAUCGACAUGGGUGCGUCGGACGGCGAGGGCGAGGACGAGGCGAUGGGCGGCGACCAGGUCAACGAGGCCGACGGCGUCAUUCGGCGCCGGCGCGGCGACACGCCGACGGCCGACGACAGCAUGCUCGACGACCUCGCGGCGACGGCCGGCGACGGCGACGACUCGGACGGCGACUCGGGCGACGACGACGACGGCGCCGCAGCCGAGACGAGCGCGACCAAGUCGGGCGCGCUCGCCCUCCUCAGCUCCCUCCCUCUCCAGCUCCUCGCCCUGUCGCGCCCGACCUCGCUCUCGUUCCUUUCCCCCUCCUCUUUCGCCCCCUCGCCGCUCGACGCGCCCGCCUCGGCCUCGGCCUCGUCGUCGGGCCUGAUCAGCACCUCGGCCUCGAGCGCCGACCUCGUGCCGCACAACCUCGCGCCGCUCGCCGAGGCGCUCACGACGGUGCACGUGCGCGCUACCGAGGCGCUCAACAACCUUUACGUCGUCCUGUCGCGCGCCGGUGCCGCCAAGGGCGCGACGGCCGCCGCGAGGCGCGACGCCAAGGAGCUCCAGAGCGUGUUUGAGAGCGCGCUGCAGCUCAUGCUCGGCGCGCUCGAGGGCGCAAGGACGCACGGCCCGACCGCAGCCGCUGCGGCGCCGGCGGCGUCGGGCAAGAAGGGCAAGGGCGGCGACAAGGCGCCGCAGCAGCAGGGUGGCGACGAGGUCGACGAGGUGCAGGAGCGCCGGCUCGAGGUCGUCAUGGCGGCGGCGGGCGUCGUGUGGGGCUGUGUGCGCCUCGGGCUCGACCCGGAGCCUGGUGCAGGACUUGUCGUCGGCCCCGACACGACGCCGUUCUUGAUCCAGCAGGUGUACGCUUCGCCGUUCGCGGCAGAGCCCACGCCGUCGGGCGAGGCGAUCCGGGUGCGCACGCUCGGCGCGCUCGGAUACCUCGGACGGCGCCAGGGCGUCCCUGCCGAGGAGAAUGCUCAAAUCGGCCGCUUCCUCCUCUCGCUCCUCCCCGCUCGGACCCCUGCGGCGUCGACCUCGCCCUCGACCGUCGCGUCGACGCCCGACAUCCUCCUCCAGGCGAUCGACUCGCUCAUCGACCUGUACGCCGACGAGGAGCGCGAGUACGACGUGCCCGUGUUCCGCGAGGGCGGCAUGCUCCAGGCGCUUGAGGGCUCGGUCCCGGGCGUGCGCGCAGCUAUCAAGAAGGUGGACCGCAACAAGUUCCCCGAGCUGCGCUCGCGCGCCGACGGGGCGCUCGAGAACCUCGUCGCGUUCGUCGGAUACCGCAAGGAGGUCGUCAAGCAGCGGCGUUGAGCUGGGCGAGGCAGGAGGGCGAGGGGACGAGGAGCUCUCGUUCGGACGGAGGCGGGCGAGCAGAUCUAGUGCAACUCGAGCUCUAUUGCACGCCCGCUC